ACAACACACUUAUUAUCUUCCUUUUUUCCUCAAACAGCAUCCUUUCGAAGGCUACCAAGGAAAAAAAUAUUAAUAGUAGUAGUAGUAGUAGUAAUAGUAGUAGUAUUCAUUAUAGUAUUAGUGUCUUCCCAUGAUUAUUGCAAAACCUAUCAAAAAGUCGAUAUCCAUACCUCUUCAAACUUUUCCGACGGUGAAUGGAACAAAACCUUGUCUUGAAACACUUCCAACUGAUGUCAUUCACUUUUACAAACGCAAAGAGGGUGACUUUAUAGACAAGGUGUUUGGAAAAGACAAUGUUAUCAACAACAAGGUGGAUCAAGUACUCUCAAUCAUUACUACAAGGCCUUUAGGACAUAUUUAUCAACGUCGAACUCUUGAAUGUCAAGCUUGUAUUUACAAUAAUACUGUAUUCCUUUCUUCUCCCUUUGUAGGUACCAAUGCUGGUUUAUUAAAUUGGGCUCCUGGCGAUUUUCAAUCAUGUGUUACCCAUCUGAUUGAAUUAGCUGAAGAAAAGACUGGUUGUAGUGCUUUGGUGGUGGCUAUUGACAAACAGGAUAAAGCUGAAGUGAAUGUAGUACUUCGUGCUUUUAUGUAUCUUGGAUUUGAAAUGAUGAAUCCAUUGAUUUAUCGUCAAGAUGCUCGUUUUAUCUUUGUUGGAUAUGAAAUCUAGUCUUAGUUUGAUAUAUUAUUAUUAUUAUUUUCAUUCAUCCAUUCAAUAAAAAUUAUCAUUCAAUUCAUCACUUA